AGACCUUGUGUUUAUCAAGUUCAAGGCUAUAAAUCACUCCCUUCUCAUCAUAACAACUACACAUACAGAAAACAUCUUGGCUAGCAAUUUCCAUGGAGAAAAUCCAAGUGACCACACCCAUGGCAGACUCCUCGUUCAAUCCGGAGUUUCUGCAAGCACAUGCAGAGCUUUGGAAUCUCACCUUUAGCUACCUGAAAGCCAUGGCGCUUGAGUGUGCUAUCAAGCUUGGGAUCCCCAACGCCAUUCAUCGUUGUGGUGGUUCUGCCUCACUAUCGGAACUGGUCAUCUCCAUUCCAGUGCCUGAGACUAGAAAGCCUCAUCUGCCUCGCCUCAUGAGGUUUCUUGCCGCGGUAGGUGUUUUUUCCCUCGAUAACCCAACUAUUGAUGAAGAGGUGACCGAGAAAGGCAUGGGCAUAUACCGCCUCACACCAUUGUCUCGCCUCCUUGUGGAUGGUAGCAUCGGUGGGCAUGGAAGCCUCUCUCCGUUUGUGCUCUCCCAAACCACCAAGUAUCAUGUGUCUGCAGCUAUGAAUCUAUCUGACUGGUUCAUGACUGAGGACAAAGAGGUUGCCAUAGAGAUGCCAUUUAGGGCUGCUCAUGGCACAGACUUGUGGGGUGUUAUGAGUCGUGAUGCUAACAUGAAUGAGGUGUUCAAUGCUGGCAUGGGUUCCGAUAGUCGUCUUGCAAUCAAUUUUAUUAUUAGCAAAUGUGGUGAGGUGUUUGAGGGGAUUAGCUCAUUGGUUGAUGUUGGUGGUGGUACUGGCACAACAGCAAGAGACAUUGCUAAGGCUUUCCCACAUAUCAAGUGCUCGGUACUGGAUCUUCCAAAUGUAAUCGAUACUAUCACGGUGGAUGGCAUAAUUGAGUAUAUUGCAGGUGACAUGAUGGAACAAAUCCCACCAACUGAUGCCGUGCUGCUCAAGUAUAUUCUACAUGACUGGAACGAUGAGGAUUGUGUAAAGAUCCUAAAACAAUGUAGAAAUGCUAUUCAUGCUCAGAAACCAGGAGGAAAAGUUAUUAUCAUAGACAUAGUGGUUGGAUCCCCUUCUAAAGACAUGUUUGAAGCUCAAGUUUCAUUUGAUCUAUUGAUGAUGGUGAUAACAUCAGGCAAGGAACGUGAUCAGCAUGAAUGGCAUAAGAUAUUCAUGGAUGCGGGAUUUAGUCAUUACAAGACAAGGCCUGUUUUGGGGUUUUUGGCCAUCACUGAGCUCUAUCCGUAGAAGGAAUCCCAACAUGUGUUUGCUUUUCAAUAUGCAUGUUUUAGCUUGGGCCCAAUAAAGUGAAUAUGCAUGCCUCCAUUGGUUUGCAUAUUUACUAUGAUCGGUUGAAAGUCCAAGAUGGAAAUUAAUAAAGACAAUACUUUAGCAAACUUA